AAAUGAAAUGGCUGCCCGCAUAAGAUGGAGUCUUCAACGGUUGAUUCAGUCACGAAAUACAUCACAUUUUAGGUUUCCAAUCAAGACGAGAAACCAGUUCCACACGCAAUGCAUUGGCCUGAACUACAGAAAAGUUCAACUUCUGCCUCUGACUGGAUCCAUACAGUUCGUAGUGCGACACUUGUCCAUUCAGACACAGGACACGCCAAACCCACGGAGCUUGAAGUUCAUCCCUGGUAAGCCUGUGUUGGGGGUGGGGACCCUGGAUUUCCCCUCUCCAAGCUCUGCAGAGUGCUCCUCCUUAGCCAGGGACCUGUUUGGAAUCGAAGGAGUGAAAAGUGUGUUCUAUGGUCCUGACUUCAUCACAGUGACCAAGGCAGAUGAUGAUGUGGAGUGGACGGACAUCAAGCACCAUGCCAUGGAUGCUAUCACUAAGUUCUUUGACAGUGGAGACCCCAUAACCACUGGGGUGACCCACCAUGAGAGCAGUCACUCUGAAGAUGAUGAUGAAAUUGUUUCAAUGAUAAAGGAGCUUCUAGAUACACGGAUCAGGCCCACGGUGAUGGAGGAUGGCGGUGAUGUCAUCUUUAAGGGCUUUGAGAACGGCACUGUGAAGCUGAAGCUGGUUGGCUCAUGCACCGGCUGCCCCAGCUCUACUGUCACCCUGAAGAAUGGCAUCCAGAACAUGCUGCAGUUCUACAUCCCUGAGGUGGAUGAUGUGGAACAGGUGGAAGAUGAAGUGGAUCAUGUGAAUGCAAAGGUUUUCACCGAGUUGGAACGCAAGUUAGGAGACAUAUAAAACUUCUGUCAGCCCCCAUGCCUAUAGAAAAACAGCCUGUUGUAUAGAUGCCUUGCAAACCAGGUAGAUACUGCUUCCACUACCUUAGUGCAAUGUUCAUGUUUUAAAAUAAUAUUCAGCAUUGCCCUUUCAAAAUACCAACUGUGCUGUAGGCUGUUUUUGUCUUUCAUUUACUCAAAUACUGUAUAUUACUGUUACAAUGAAGCAAGGCCACACACUGACACAUUUAUACUGUUUGUCUUUUCCAUUGGAAAGGCCUAAAACUCUGAAGACGGCAGUAUGUUAUAUAUUUGAUAUUUAUUUCUCUGCAGGUUUAUUUACUAAUUGAUUUACUUCAUAUGUUUUCCAAAAAAAAUAGUAUUUUCUGAUGAAAGGACAUUCUGUGAUGGUUUGAGUUAAGGGAUAUGGUUUUUAUCUAUCCCUAGGCCAAACAUGACCAAUUGUUUGUAUGAAAUGAUCACAAGAUAUUGCACAGUUAAAACGACUAAAUGAUUU